UAGUUCUUCAUUACACUUCGCAGUGAUAUGACGGUGGCCGAGGAGGUGUGGAAAAGUUGGAUUUCAAAAUGGAUCUGCGUUGUGUGUGAUGUCAGUGCGUGUUCUUGUCUUUGAAGCGAAUCACGUUUUGUUUCACGUUUGACAGCUUUGCGCCAGUUCCGUUGUUUUACAAUUUUAACAGGCCCGAAAUAUUUCUGAGUGAAAUUUGUCCUUGAUGUGUAGACCGCGUUGCUGCUGAAGAUUCAAGUGCUUUUUAAACUGUACUUGUGUGACGGUUUUUUUCUUCUAGCUGGUUUCCUAGAGAUGUAUGAAUGUUAUUGACACUUCGACCUUUUAUAACACGUGGAAAAUCGUAUGUUGAAGUGGUAGCUGCCUCGUUUAAUCACCUGUACCAGGAAAGUGUGUCACUUAUUUUUAGAGUUCUUAAAGUGUCGAAGGCGUGUUAAUGCCAGAUGUUAAUCUAGUGUUGUGAAAGUGGCAUAUCUGACAAAACAGGUGGACAUAAUUGCCCGUCUUCCAUCAUCUAGAGGCGAGGUCUUCCAAAUGGUGGUGGUGUUGAGCCAGUGUUCCAAAGACAGGGACACCAUCUCUCCGAUCUUGAGCUAUGUGGACACACUAUGUAAUACUGAACGAGAGGACAGAGCAUCAUGUGGGGGUGAGGACUCGAGCUAUGACUCGGAUUAUGAGCCAGAAGAUUCAGCAUCACACCAUGACGUGAGCCGCACAACAUCAGACACUCUCGGGGCAGAGUUUGCCGAGUAUGUGUCAGGACCUCAACCAGCGCCACUUCAGCCUCCCAGUCAAGGUUCUGCAGGAUACACUGCAAGGGUUGAGUUUGGGCUCAAAUUAGGAUACACAGAGUCACUCGUUCAAGCAGCUCUGCAGAAACUUGGGCCCAAUCCUGGUCAAAAUGAGCUCCUGGAAGAGUUAAUUAAACUUGGGGCUCAGGCCCCACGACAGCAAGAGCUUGCACCUGAGGGAACUGAUGAACCUGACUCUGCUCUGGACACACUGGCAGAAGAUGCUGUCAGUGUCCGUCUACGCCCUGUUGUCAUUGAUGGAAGUAAUGUUGCCAUGAGCCAUGGCAACAAGGAAGGCUUCUCCUGUCGAGGAAUCAAGUUGUGUGUGGAAUGGUUCCGUGCCAGAGGCCACAAGGAAAUUACAGUUUUUGUUCCAAAAUGGCGUAAAGAGGCUGCACGGCCAGACAAUCCUAUCACUGAUCAAGAAAUACUAACAGAAUUAGAAAGAGAUCGUUGCCUGGUAUUUACCCCAUCUCGUCUGGUUGGCGGCAAAAGAAUGGUUUGCUACGAUGAUCGCUACAUCCUGAAAUUGGCUUCAGAAAUAGAUGGCAUUGUGGUGUCUAAUGACAACUACCGAGAUCUUGCUCAGGAGAGUCCUGAGUACAGGAAAGUUGUUGAGGAGAGGAUUCUUAUGUACUCCUUUGUUAAUGACAGGUUCAUGCCUCCUGAUGAUCCUUUGGGAAGAGGUGGCCCAACAUUGGAUAACUUCUUGCGCCUCCGGCCACGUAGAUGUGUCCCACAACCUCCUUGUCCAUAUGGAAAAAAGUGCACCUAUGGAAACAAAUGUAAAUUUCACCAUCCAGAACGAGGGCCACUUCCACACAAAUCAGUUACUGAACGGCUUGUAGAACAUGCACAGAGACAGCGAGAAGCUCGAGGCAUCCACAGUCGUGACUCCAGUCCAGGUAACCAACUGAAGAGCAAAUCUCUGAGUUUGCCCUUACCUUCAUCGCCUCAGAUGGAGCUGGACUGCACAAAACAGCCUGUCAAAAAGACUCCACUUGCACGCACCAAGUCCAAUGUGCUGAGCAGCCCCAUGCAACCAGAAGGUGAAAAGCAGAACAAGUCUAGUAUGCCGAAAAGUUGUAGUGUUGAGAAUGUGGCAGAAGGUGCUAUAGGAUACUACCGUGGUCCACAACAGAUGACAGCACCACAUCCAAACUAUGGGCUGUUGACACCUGUAGCCAAUUCAGAACAGCCAUGGCCUCAAUAUGGUACAGUAUAUAGUGAUCAGAGUGGUCAUGUGGCUGUGAAAAAACAUCUCUCAGAUUCCAAGAGUCCUCCAGCACAUGUGGAUGUGGGUGUAAACUUGCACCGUAAGCUGCAGCGCCAGUUAACCCUGAAUCCAGUAGGUGACCCUCGUCUGUAUCAGAUGCGUCAGUACCUGGUUCCCUCAUCCUCCAAACCACUCCCCACACACCAUCCUGUGACACGACACAGCAGUGGUGGGGAUGCUCAGUAUGGGCCUUCAUCAGCAGCCAUUCCAGCAGGUUGGGAGCAUCAUCACAUGCAUCAAAAUGUGACACGCAUAGCCUCUGCCCCAGAUUCCUAUCGACCCUGGCCGCCCGUUCCCCCGCCAUAUCCUGGCAGGCACAUGCACCGGCUAGGCAGUACAUCUGACCCCCAGCUGAACCUGUGUGUUCCUCCAAGUGAAAUAUCUAUCCUGUCUGAUCCUUUCGAUGCUUCCCUCUGGCCACCAGCCACAUCUGGGCCCCCACCUUCUGUAGUUUGGCCUCCACAAACCUCGCAUAUGCCACCUCCCCCUGCUCAUCCUCCAUUUUCGACAAAUGCAGAGGAUGCAAGGAGAAGAUUGCAUUACCACCUGGCGUCCAUCUUUCCAGAGGAACAGGUACAGAAGGCUAUGCAAUUGUAUCCAGAAGAGACCAAUCCUCAGAAAAUCUGUGCUGCCAUAUUAGCUAUGUUUCCAAAACCAUAGUUAAUUUUUGGUGGUUAUAUUUCAUUUCUCAUGGUAUAGGCAGAAGAGAGGAGGAUUGAACAUGUUGGAAAAGCAAGAUUGCAGACUUCCAUGUCAUUGGGCAUGCUGUGGGUAGUUCAGUAAUGCAUACAGUAAGUCCACCAGGCAGAACUCUCUGAGUUAACCUUCUGAGUUAGUUACAGAGCAGUGAGCAAAGUUGAAGCAGUGGUUCUCAAACUUAACAAGUAGUAAUGAGGGUAGUCUUUGGUGUUCUGACAAAUGCCAUGCACCGAAUUCUUCUGCAGGUGGGUCCAUCUUUCUUCCAUUAACACGUUUGUUGCCAUAUAUGGGAUCCUCUGCUUACAUGUGCUCUAAUUGGCUGUGUAUUUGCAUUAGCAUAACAUCAAACCAUUGUAAUUAAAGUCUGGCCAGCAGCAUCUUAUUUCAGGGGGUUUAAAGUCCCUUCAGCAAUAUAGUAAAGGUUAAUAACAUCAGUUGGAUUCAGGAGAAUUUUUCUUUUUUCAGAACAUGUUGAUGAAUGUUACAUUUUUAUUUCUUUGAGGUCUUUGUGUUUCUUGUAUUAUUGAUGAGGUUCUUUACUACCUGUCAGUCUCUCCAGUCUGUUUUCUGGAACGCUACUUUCAAACACUGAGCAUUUUUUCCAAGUUUUUCUAGUUCAUAAUUUAUUAGCAUAGUGUCAUCUCAUUUGCCACUAAAUAACAUUAAUAGCUAAUGUAUUCCACUUGGUUGGGUUUCAUCAGUCAUGGUUUAUCUAAAGAAGGCAUACCUUAGUUAUGAAAUCCUCUUCAUUGGUUUUAAUUUUAGAGUUACAGCAAUUUCAUGAGUAAAAGAAUUCAAUUUUUAGUCAUUUGUUGUUGUUAGUUGCUUUAUUAAAUGAUAAGGGCUAUGUUAACUCCUUGGGUAUUAUAGCAUUAAAUGACAGAAUGAUUGCAAAUGGUAUCUUAGGAAGGUUGUGUAAGGAGGAGACAACAUAUUUUAAGGUACUUUACCAGUAUUUGUCUGGAGGAGCCACUACACCACAAUUUUCAGCUUCUUUCUUCUAGAAGUAUGGCUAUGAAUAUAUUUCUGUUAAGGCUUCUCAUUGUAAGAUGACCCCUAGCUGGAAAAUGAAGCCAAGUUAAUUUGAUGUUUGCUCACUGUUGGGAAGUGUUUGGUUUUGACAGCACAGUACUACUAAAAGUAAAGUAAAGCUGUCCCACUAUAUGC